UCAAUUUCGGUUGGUUUCGAGCUUCUCUCCCACCGAUCUCACUCUUCAAACGCAACCCUAAAUAAAUAAAGAGUCUGACGAGCUUGUACAAUCAACUGAUUUCAAAUUCUUCUGCCUAAGCCCUAAACACAACGAACAUACUACACAAUGUCUGUUCUAAUGCAAAACGACGACGAUGAAGAAGAAAUAUCCUCCGGCAAUGAGGACGAUGGAUUCCAUGAGGACAUGGAAGCUCUACGGCGAGCCUGCAGCCUCGCUGGGACCAAUAUUAACGACCUCGACGUUGAUACCGGCGGCAACAAUAGUCACUCUACUUCCGCUGUCUCCGCCGAUGGGAAUUAUUCCGGUUGCGAGGAUGAUGAUUUUGAACUGUUCCGAAACGUGCAGAAUCGGUUCUCGGUACAAAGUGAUUCUUUGGAACCGAUUUCUUUAAUGCCUGUCUGUGCUAUUCCACCGGAUUUGGACAACGACGAGGAUGACUUUGAGACUCUUUGCGCUGUUCGGAGUCGUUUCUCUGCCUAUGAUAACAGCAAUAUUUUGAGAAGGGGAGAGGAGAAUUUGCUAGAGAAAAGAGGUAGCAUUGAGGCAUCAUCAAUUCUAGUCUCAGAAAUAGAUACUUCUAAUGAUUCAUUGAUCGGUAGGAGAGAUUGUGAAGUGUUAGUAAAUACUGAAGAAGGGGUAAAUACAGCCAAUUUAUUGAGUGAGAUACAUCUGUCCGGCUCCGCUGAGCAGGAUACCUGUAAGCCAUCUUGGGUACUAAAGGAUUCUUCCAGUUUCCCAAAGUCUGCACAGGUAUUUGUUGAUGCAAUUAAGAGGAACAGAUGCUAUCAGAAGUUCUUAAGAAGUAAGUUGGCUCAAAUUGAAGCAAGAAUCGAGGAGAACAAGAAAUUGAAAGAACGUGUUAAAAUUCUUAGAGAUUUUCAAGCUUCAUGCAGGAAAAUUACUGGAAGAGCACUGGCGCAAGGGAAGGAUCCUAGAAUUCAAUUGAUAACUGCAAGAAGAGAUAAGAUCAAUGAACAAAAGUUCUCUGCUAUGCAUAAUGGUCCGGCAGAAAAUUCUCAUGCUGCUAAUUAUAGAGCGGCGCUGGCCACUUUUCCUCUUACCUUGAAUCGGAAAAAGUGGACAGAAGUAGAAAAGGAAAACCUUAGAAAGGGGAUUAGACAACAAUUUCAAGAAAUGGUGCUUCAGUUUUCAGUGGAUCAAUUCAGUUGUUCAGAAGGAUCUUCUAGCAAUGCAAAUAAUUUGGAUGCCAUUCUUGCAUCAAUUGGAGAGAUGGAAAUUACACCGGAAAGCAUCAGAGAGUUUCUUCCAAAGGUUGAUUGGGAUCGAUUAGCUUCCUUGUACGUUGUUGGUCGUACUGGUGCAGAGUGUGAAGCACAGUGGUUGAAUUGUGAAGAUCCAUUGAUCAAUAACAAUGAAUGGACUGUCAUAGAGGAUAAGAAGCUUUUGUUUAUUGUCCAAGAAAAGGGGAUGACCAAUUGGUUUGAUAUUGCAGUUUCACUAGGAACUAAUAGGACCCCAUUUCAGUGCUUAGAACGUUUCCAGAGGAGUUUGAAUGCUCGCAUAUUAAAAAGAGAGUGGACAAAGGAAGAGGAUGCUCAACUUCGUGUCGCUGUUGAAAUUUAUGGUGAAAAUGAUUGGCAGAGUGUGGCUUCUACUUUGGCCGGACGGACUGGUCCUCAAUGCUCGAAUAGAUGGAGGAAAUCCCUUCGUCCAAACAAAAUGGGGAGGUGGACUCUGAAUGAAAGCAAACGUCUGGAAGUAGCUGUGAUGCUUUUUGGUCCAAAGAAUUGGAAGAAUAUAGCUAGGUUCGUGCCAGGCCGAGCGGAUGUACAAUGUAGAGAAAGAUGGUCUAAUUGUAUAGAUCCUUCUUUGAAUAUGGAUAAGUGGACUGAAGAGGAGGAUAUAAGGUUAAAAACAGCAAUUGAAGAACAUGGAUACUGCUGGGCCAAGGUUGCUAGACAUCUCCCAUCGCGAACAGAUAGCCAAUGUCGCAGGAGAUGGAAGGCGUUAUUUCCAGAUGAAGUGCCUUUGCUACAAGCAGCUAGAAGGACACAGAAAGCUGCGACUAUAAGUAACUUUGUGGACCGUGAGGCAGAGCGGCCUGCCCUUGGUCCUCAUGAUUUCCUUCCAUUACCAAUAAUAGAAUCAAUAUCCAAACCUGAAAAUAUUGACCAAUCGAAGAAGCGAAAAAGGAAAACCAGAGAAGGUACAGUAUCUAGGAAGGAUAAAACUACUCCACCUAGGCAUAUUUCAAAGAGGCGUAGAUCCAAAAGAUCUGAAGAAGGAAUUACAACUUCCUCUGUGGAACAGCCUGGGGGAACUAAGAACACUGAGGUUGAGAAAUCUGGUGGGACUGGUACUGUUGUGACAAAAAGAAGAAUGAAAUGUUGUUCAGAAAAGAAUAUUACUGAACCAGCUAAAGAUGGUUUACCAUCAAAUUUUGUUUCAACACCUUUGGUGGUAACUGGUGGCACAGGCACUGAUGCUAGAAAGAAAAAAAAGCUUCCUGAAUCUCAUCGAAAAAGAAAUAAGCUUAUUGACACCAACAACCAGAGUCAUCUUACGUCACAGCCUGAAAACUCGAAAUUAGGAACAACAAAUUUUGAUGGUUUUCAGACCUUUGAGGGGACUCGUGCAGCGUCAUGCAAGGAAAAAAGAGCUGAUGAACAUUCUGGGACAAACAUAUGUACCACCACUAAUUUCAGCGAAGAGUGUGAUAUGUUAUCAGGAGCUGUAAUGGAUGUUCCUGUAUUGGCUGCUAAUCACCUGGAUUCUAAUUUGUUAGUAACAAGCAAUGAUGAACAGGAUGAUGCAGCUGGUAAGCCUGAUGCUCGCAGCAAGAAGUUCACCAAGCAACCCCAAGAAAGGAAAAUAUUUAUAGAAUCAGCUGAUAGCGUGAACCGAUUAAUAUUGCCUCCUGGAAGUUCAGAAUUAAGGGUAAAUAGUAGCAAAAAUGUUGAGAAGUCUUAUUUGGAUGGCAUCUAUUCGAGUAAGACAAGUACUGUACCAUCAAGAGAAGGCCAAUCGGUUGUGUUGGUUCCUCGUCAGCAAAAUGGCCACAAAAAGUCAAAACCUAAGAGCAAAUCUUGUUCUAAGCAGGUUUUUGGUAAGAAUGAUGAGGAUGAUAUCACUCUUGCUUCCUUUCUUAAAAAUAAAUUGAAGAAGAGAAAGCUCCAAGUUGUUAAAAAUGCAGAUCAGACUGUGUUGGUGACCGAAAGAAUAGAUCAACGCGAUGGUGCAAAGAAAAUGUCACCCCUCAUGCGAGAUAUUGAGGUUCAGACAGUCAAUAAUAAUGGAUUGCCAGAAAAUAUCUUGUCACGAGAAAAUACUGAUGCAAAACAGUGUUCUAAUGGUAGAAUUUCAGAAACUUUACCAUCUUGUCAAAACAAGGAAACAGGUGAAGUAGAUAUGGUAGGAGCGGUGGAAUAUGUUGGCACAAACAUAGGCGUUCAGAAGGACAAUGGUGAGCACGCCAACAGUUUCCCUCCGGGUUUUGAGAAACCUAUUUACAAAAUACAUUAAAGCUGCACGAAGAGGAGCUGAGGUCUUAAUUUUGGUGCAGGUGGGAAUUUUGCGUAAGUGGUGAGGCUUUUUGAAUUUUUGUAAUAGAGAUUUUUAGUAUUUGUUUUUUCAGGGAAAGAAAAAGACGUUAAAGGAAAAUAUAGAGGAAUUAAGAUUUUGGUGAAAGAUGUGUAUAUAAAGAUUCUUUCAGGAUAGUAAUUGGGAACUACAAGUAGGUUUUUUGUGGGCGUCUUAUUUUUGUAUGAUCAGAUGGAGAGUUAUUUUUGUUUCUUAGUUUGGGCAAUAGCUGCGGACUCCCAUUUGGUCACAAAAUUCUUUUUGUAGAGAGAAGUUGUACAUCCUUUAAGGUGCUAAGUUCCUCAAUAAAAAUAUGAUUUUGUGCAGAGUUUUGCAUGAAA